GGAAAAUAUGUUGUAGUUUAUCAAAUCACAGGUCAUGUGACUCGACCAUAAGAGCGAUGUCAACAUAAAAUCAGUUUGUACCGAAGUCUGUACCCAAACGCUUUCAUAAGGACAAGUUCGCUCUACAGGUUGGUCAGAAUGUAUACCCUAUACAUUCUUAGUGGACUGCUGGCACUGGUUGCAAGCAAACCCUGUGAUCCUGUAGGAUCAGAGCCUGGUGAGCUGCUCCUCUCACUCAAUAAGAAUCUGCUGCGUUCUCUGGAGGAUGAAGGAACGUCCCCCAAUCCCAGUGUGCACCUGGCCCUGCGGCUGUCCACUCACCACAACCUUGGCAUGGAGAGUGAUCACCUGAAUGCACUUAAAACAGAUUUACACAAUGACAUUGAGAGCUCUCUGGCCAACAGCCAGCCAGUGGUGGGUCUCCUGGCCCUGUACACUCUGGCCCUGAAGGCCUCCUGCUACGACCUCAACACCCUGACCUUCACUGUCAAUCAGAGGAGCGAGACCCUGCUGACUCAUCUCAAGAGACAGAUGGAACUGGAGAAAGACCACAUCGCCUUCAGCCAGCGUCCUCUGACUAACUACUACCAGUAUUCUCUGGGUGUGCUGGCACUGUGUGUGAGUGGAGUUAGAGUCAACUCUCACGUCAGCAACAAGCUCAUCAGGGCUGUAGAGCAUGGACAUAUCAAACAUGAAGCCUCUGAUAGCAUUGACACGUUUGCCAUGGCUGGGAUGGCCCUGCAGUGCCUGAAGGAGUCUGACACCCAGGUGCAGGAUGCCGCUCUGGACAAAGCCCUGGACCUCAUCAAGCUGAAGCUACUGGACUCCCAGCGGGCUGAUGGUCACAUGGGCAAUGAGUUCAGCACAGGCCUGGCAGUGCAGGCCCUGCUGGCGAUGGGCAGCCAGGUGCAGGAGUGUGCUAGCUCCAUGGAAGCCAUGAGGUCAGAUGUGAGGAAGGGAACCUAUCUCAACCCCAUGGCCAUGUCCCAAACUCUGCCUGCUCUCCAGCAGAAAUCCUACCUGCAAGUCAAGGGCAAGGAGUGCCGCAAUGAGGAUGACAGCCUGGUCCUGGAGGUCAGGGAGCCAGUGACGGUGUUACAGAGUCAUACCAACGUAGCCCUGAAGGUGGAGGUGGUCAAAUCGCAUGGGGCAUCUGCUGUCUAUUCUGUGGAUGUGCCAACGGGCACCUCGUUGGUUGAUGCCCUUGAACUCCUUCAAAAGAACAACAUUGACUUCACGUUUGAGAAGGAGACCAGCCUUUGGGGACCUUUCCUGAGUGUGGUGAAUGGGGAACGGGCUAGACAGACCGACCGCAGAUACUGGCAACUCUCCUCAGACGCGGUAGGAAAGUCGACUUUCGCGCAACUCCUGCAGUUUGCUGGCCAAGACUGGGAAGUGGUUCCUGAGCCCGUGGGGAAAUGGCAGAGCAUCGAGAGUGGGUCUUCACAACAGAAGGUCAGUAACCUGUUGGAUAUGAUGUACCAGGACCCUCAGCGCUGGUCCUACACCUUUCAGACCAACUCCUGCAUGAGCCGCAUGCGCACCCAGCUGCAGCCACCACCAGCACGCCUGCUCAGAGCAGAGGGCGUCCCUGUGCAGGUCUUUGAGCGCUCUGUGUACAGUGAUAGGUAUGUAUUUGCCCUGAACAUGUUUGAGCUGGGCUGCAUCAACUCUACAGAGUGGGCUGUCUACCAGGACUGGCAUUCCUUCCUGGUGGAACAGUUUGGCCGUCAGGUGGAACUGGAGGGCAUAAUUUACCUCCGAGCCCCCCCACAGAAGUGUAUGGAGCGUCUGGGACAACGGGGGCGGGUGGAGGAGAAAGGAGUGCAGCUAGACUACCUGGAGAAACUACACACCCAGCAUGAGAGGUGGCUCAUAGACAAGAGCACAAAGCUGCACUUUGAGCGGUUGACCCGGGUGCCUGUAUUGGUGCUGGAUGCCAGUCUAGAGUUUGAGGAGGACCCUAAGGUGUGGGCCAAAUUUAUCACACAGGUGAAGGACUUCUUCAGUGGACUAUGACGUACAGUCAGUUGUGCGGUUAUGAACUCCAUGGGAUCAAGAUAUCUGCAACCAUUUGGACCUCAGUCAGUAUAUGGCAUUUACAAAUGUAAACUUGCAACUGUUCUGUCUGAUUUAUCCCCCACAUCCUUUCACUAUAUCCUCACUUAUUUUGGGGUAUGUCAAACUUCCAAUUGUGGGGUUUCCGUUGGCUAAUUACAGAUUUCAGUAUGCUUUUAACCAUGUUUGUGAAUAUAGAAUCAAAUCUAUAUUGGACCAUAUUCAACAUAAAUAAAGAAGCCGUUUUUGGAUUGUUAUCUGGGAACUGUAAAAAAAAGUAGGCCACAAUCUGAUGCAAAAUUGUCUGGUGUUGUGGAAAUUCUAACCAAUAAGGAGAGACUUAUUUCUUCAAACAAGCAUACUUUAAUAUCGAUUAAUUAUUGCAAUUAUGGAGCUGAUCAACGUUAAGAGCCCAACAAUACAGGAGGUCUUAGAGUGGACCUAAAAAUGGUUCCACCCCUCCCCGGCAGAUCAGGGCAUCAGAAGCCACCUUGUUUUCUUCUUGUGGCUAUGUGUAUCGGGUCAUAGCGCACAAACAAGUAAUGUUAGUUCCGUUACUCCUCUGUUCAAACCAGACUCUGUUCACCUCAUAUCUCCACACAGCUGUGCCCUUGAAAGAUAUGAGAAGAACGGGAUGGACUGAGACACUGUGGUCACUCUCAGGAGGCAGAGUGAAAAAAUGCCUUCAAACAGACAGUGGAAAUUUACAGGUUUAAGGCUCGUACAGCACAUGUGCAUAAAAGUUUAGCAUGAAGAAUUACUUGAAUAGUUCUUAAUCACAUUGUCUCUGCUACUGUAUACAAGAUUAAAGAGUUUAUACAGGA